UGACAGGGGCAUGUUGAUGUGAAGAACUUUUCAGCGUGAAAUAUUGCCUUGUUGUGCCCGGCAGGCCUGCUUUAACAUCUCUGGCCUGCACCUAUCGGCUUGCUAUCUCCUGUCUAUCACCUUCAUACCACCCAUUUCGUCAUUUCUUUACACCCCGCUAUCCCCCACUUUAUCAUGAGCGGCAAAAAAUACAAGUCCCAAGCCUCCAGCAGUCGUGCCGCUGCUAGCACAUUUGGCUCAUUUGGAGGCUUCUCAAGCGCAUUUUCCAGUCAAGGAAGGGAGCCAUCGUCGCUAACAUAUGUAACUGAACCUCCGGAUCUAUCCCGGAUAUCGGAGGCGCAGUUGACAAUCGCAUUCAAGAACUUCCUGAAGAAGGAUGAGGUCACUCGCACGAAAGCCUUGGAAGACUUGCGCGAUUACGUUCUGGCCGUUGAAAGUCGCGGUGGUACUCUAGAUGACGGGUUCCUGGAAGCAUGGGUCAGAAUCUACCCACGAGCAUCGAUUGAUUUGUCUCGGAGAGUGAGGCAGACAGCGCACUCUAGUCAAGGAUCUAUCGCUUCUCUAGUCGGAAAGCGAAUUGCUCGUUUUCUACCUAAAGUCAUUGGCGCAUGGCUUGCGGGACUCUACGACAAUGAUCGACCAGUUCAUCGCGCUGCGCUCGAGUCUUUUACGCGAGUGUUCUCAACCGACGAGAAGAGGAGUGGUGUAUGGAAGAUCUACCAGUCCUCCAUUCUGGACUUCGUAGAUGAUGUCAUUCUUCAGCAGACUCCACAAACCUUGAGCGAUGAAAGGACAGUCAAGGCAGAUGACGCCGCAGCCAAAUAUGCACGGGUGGCUGCAACCGCGAUUCUGCUAUUCAACAGGAUUCUUGGGAACUCAGCGCAAGAGGAUCUUGAGAAGGCCUCGCCCACGAUCGAGACACUUCUGGGAAGUAAAUCCCUGUGGGCUUUGUCGUAUCAUGACGAUCCUUUUGUGCGUCGGUCACUAUACAUACUCACCCGCACCGCAGUUUCUAAGCAACCGGAGGAAUUGGAUUGGAAGCUCAUCAGUGCCGCUUUGAUUGGCAAGUCCCUGCAUUGUAGUCAACUAGGCUCUGCAUCGGAGCUCUCUGAAACAAUCCUGCACGUAACGUCUGCAAGGCCUCAACUGUGGACCGAAGAUUACUCCGGAAAGUCCUUAUCUUCCAAAAGACUGCUUCAGUACCUCCAAAAGGGUUCUCAGGGUGGGGCAAGUUCAUUUUGGACGAAUGUUCACCAGCUACUGCAAAUUAUUCCACUGAGAACUCUUGCGCAGGUUGAGUCAAAACCAACCGACGAGAACAAUCUCGGAGUGACAAGUGCGCUUGCUUUGACAGAAUCGUUUCAUGGGGGUCUGAUUUCAAGGGAUGAACCGCGACAGAACCGAGCAGUCGGCUGGAAAGCUUACAUUGAAACUGUAAUGUGGCUUUUAAGCCGUCUCGGCCAGGAUGAUGGAUUAACCUUGUUGCGCCAAAGGCUCCGACCUUUGAUUGUACAAUAUGUGAAGCCCGAGUUAGACCAGACUCAAUGGGCUCUGCCUACUCAGUCAGCAGGGAAUAUCUGUACAGACGCCUUAUUUGCGCUGACAAUGCACGGUUACAAGCAUGUAUUGGAGCAAAUUUGGGGAGAGCUAUCUGAUAGCUUGCUUGAAGCUGUCAAAUUGUCUUCCCCAGAGCAAUCAAAGGACUUCAAGUCUUCCCAGGACGCUGUUUGCGCGCAAGCCGAGCGUUUUCUCGCUUUGGAAGCCUCUUUGCUUGUCCGAGUAAAAGAAACCGACCGUGAAAAUGAAGUUUCGGAUGUGUUCAACAGAUCCAACCUGCCGCUGCUUGAUAGCUGCUUGGAGGUCCUGCGCUCGAGGAACGGCAAGCCAUAUGGAGCAGCAGCUGUCGCCGAACAAAUUGUACUCAGGGUUGCCCCUAUCGCUAAAACUUCUCAUUCACUGUUGAGCUUUGUUCAAGACGACGCGCCAGAGCUUUUGUCGUCACCUUCUGCUGACAGGCUUAUCUCGAUUAUUUUGUCGUGCCGAUCUUGGGAUGGGUUUGGUUCCAGCUUCGAGAAGGUCUUGGAGAGGGUUGCUCAGUUUGACCCGGAGACUUCGAAUGCACACACCGUACAGAAGCUACUUUCCACACUGGAUUUCCAGGAACUGGAAGAUAAGAGUGGAUUGAUCUCGCUAAUCAUGCGAGCAGUUAAUCGGGCCUGCGAUGGAAGUGAUUUGCAUUGGUCGAUUGUAAUAGCAGUGCUUCAGAACGAGACCUCGCACGGAGGAGUGACAGACACCAUUUUCCUAGCAGUUAUCGAUGCCUUGUCUGAUGAGAACAAAGUGGUUGAGACAUUGCAGGGCCUCUCUCAAGUCGCGCGGGCGGUUCCUCAGGCAUUCCAGUCCUUCCAAAACGGACCCCACGGCUCGAAAUUAACCAGCAAACUACUCUUUCUUUCCGAGUCAUCUGCAGAAGAUGUGGCAAGUAUCGCGGAAUCUUUAGCCCAAACCUUGAAGGAAUCAAUCAUUAGCGAGACAAGUGCCAGCAAAUCAAGCUUUGAAAUCUUACAGCACAGUUUCGACAACGUCAACGAGCAGUCGCUAUCGAUCGAAUCGCUUGUGACCAUCGCCGAAGAAUUGUUGCAGAACACUAAAGCAGAAGAGAUUGGCAGGGUCGCAAAGGAUAUCCUGCCCUCGCGUGAGUCCUGGCAGAAUGCCUUAGGGCCCUUCCUUGAGCUUCCUCCUAGACCUUCAACUGCCAUUACCAGCCCAAUCGGUGGUGCUGUGCAUCUUGUCAAUCGCACUUUGUCGGACACACUACCUCAGCGGUAUGAUAGCCUCCCGCGGGAUUCGAACAAUUGCUCGUCAGCAUUUAGAUUGGCAUAUUUUACUAUCAGGGUGCUUUCCUCUUUCGACCUUGUAAAGAAUCUGGGCAUGGAUGAGUUGGAGACCUUGUUCUACAACAUUCCCCUGGCAGUACAGCUCAUUGAUGAUGACUUGAGCAUCGAAAAUUGUAAUGGGAUUUGCGGUAUAUCGCUUCCUGAGCAAAGGGAGGAGUAUCUGAACAUUGUCAACGACGGUUGGAAGGUCAUCAGUGGCUGGGCUCGAUCGCCAGAAAAGGGUGCAGCUGGGGUUGACGCGACCAUCUCAUUGACCCUCUCUGCAUUUUGGAUUGACAAGCUCGAAGGCUUGGAAAGCCUGGCUCCAAUAGAUCUUCAUGUCGGAGUCGCAUUCGUGAAAAUCCUAGGUACCACCGACUCUUCGAACAGCACGAAGUCGUCGUCGGAGGUGACCCAACUUUGCAGAGACAUGCGCAAAGCAAACGCUAUUCGAUCGGCAGCUUGGGUGGCUACCUUGCGCCAUGCAAUCCUAUCUAACCCUGCCGGUACCCGGCUGUGCAACGAAUUUGUCGCAGACUCUACCGGACUCAAGCCUCAGGAUCAGAGCGACGAAGGUUUGCGGAAGUUGGUGCUGCUUAAUCUCUUGCUUGCUGGAGAGCAGGAUGUCGCAGCGUCUAUUCCAACUCAGCGUCUGAUGUUCCUGAUCAAGCACCUCACUCAAUGCCUCCAAUCGGAGGCUGUAUCUCUUGGUCUCAAGGCUGAAAUCCUUCAGACCCUGGUAUUUGUACUCCCAUGUAUCAAAGAGAUGUAUGGUUCUCACUGGGAGGAUUGCCUAGAAAUUCUCGACGCAACCUGGAGGGACACCAAUGGCGGUGAUGAAGCCCUGCCUGUGUUCCUGUCAUCUUUCAGACUCUUUGCCAAGUUGCAGUCAAUCGUGGAGGAUGAUGAGAGUAACGACGAUGUGAAGGAUGCAUGGUCGGACCGGAAAUCCAAGCUAGUGAACGGCUUGACUUCAACACUGCGGAAAUUCGACCCUUCGACGACCUUUGAUCAUCCACGAGACAUCACGGUAGGACUACUAUGCCGCUUUGUUAAGACCAUCCCGAUCGAGAAUCUGGAAGACGUUAGCAGUGUCUUCUCGCUCCUGACGGCGCAAAGUCGGGCUAUACAACGGGCCGCCUACACUCUGCUUCACCGGUACAUUCCCAGUGUGCAGGAGCAGGUUUCUUUCGACGUAGCUUUGUCUAAGUCGACAGUUCGCCUGCCGGAUGAGCUCGUGUCUCUACUGCUUGGUGCACCCACCAUAGACUCAAUCAAUGAGUCUUACGGCGACGAGAAGAUUUGGACCGAGCUACGGUCAUACCUGCUGAGCUGGAAGAUAGUCUUCGAUCACUUCGUCAACGCGUCUCUCACCGUUCAGGAGAAUUAUGUUGCUAGCAUCCGAGAGAAUGAGAGCCUGAACCCGCUGCUGGAUCUCACGUUUGACUUCCUCCAGCAAUCGCAUGGCAAGAUGGUCGAUGUGUCCAAGUUUGAUAUUCGCUCUUUUGAACCCGACCAAUCCGAGACCGCCGAGAAGGAAAUUCAAUGGCUCCUCGUUCACUUAUACUUCUUGUGCUUGAAGAACCUGGCCAACAUGACUAAAGGGUGGUGGAUCGAUACGAAGAAUCGCAUCAAGGGGCCAGUAGAAGCCUGGACGGAGAAAUAUAUCUCACCCCUUGUGAUUGAAGAAUCACUGCAAGGAGUCACUGCGUGGACCCUGACUCAAGAUCCUAAUGAAGAGCGUGCGCUGCAGGUGAAGAUCUCGCCCAAGACCGCGGAGAUCAUCGCCAGCAUCCCGGUGGACGAGGAUUCGCCGCCAGUGUCACUUUCGAUCUCUCUCCCACCUGCCUAUCCGCUCCAGCCAGCAUUGGUAGUGGGACGGAGCCGAGUCUUGGUGGACGAGAGAAAAUGGAGGAACUGGCUGACGACCAUUCAGGGUGUGAUCAUGUUUGCGAAUGGAAGCAUGGUAGACGGACUGCUGGCGUUCCGAAAGAACGUGCAAGGUGCGCUCAAGGGCCAGAGCGAGUGUGCUAUCUGCUACUCCGUCAUUUCGACAGACAUGCAGACACCCAACAAAAAAUGCGCGACGUGUAAGAAUACGUUCCAUUCCGUGUGUCUGUUCCGGUGGUUCAAGAGCAGUAACCAGAGCACCUGCCCGCUGUGCCGGAACAACUUCGUUUACGUCUGAGGUGCUGUGGAGGAUUGUACAUAGACUUUCUUUAUCGUAGUAAAACUGGUAUACAUAGAAG